GCUAGCCCUUCCCUGCCCAUUCAGGAAGUAGCUCAGUGCUGUCCUCAAGGCUGGUACCCCACAGGUAUCCUGGGGCCCUCCCAGUCGGACCCCACAGGAGAACUGGGCUGCCAGUUAGUUAUAGCUCUCCUUUGAGGGACAGAAGGGAGCAAACUUUUCCUGUUGUGCUGGAAGGGAACAAGAUGGUCCUUAAAACCGAAGAGGAAGAGGUUCCCAGUGACCUGACUGCAGAGGAGCGGCAAGAGCUGGAGAACAUCCGCCGGAGAAAGCAGGAGCUGCUGGCUGACAUUCAGAGGCUGAAGGAUGAGAUAGCAGAAGUAGCGAAUGAAAUUGAAAACCUGGGAUCCACAGAAGAAAGGAAAAACAUGCAGAGAAACAAGCAGGUAGCCAUGGGCAGGAAAAAAUUUAAUAUGGACCCUAAAAAGGGGAUCCAGUUCUUAAUAGAGAAUGAUCUGCUGAAGAACACAUGUGAAGACAUUGCCCAGUUCUUGUAUAAAGGUGAAGGGCUCAACAAGACAGCCAUUGGUGACUACCUGGGGGAGAGAGAUGAGUUUAACAUCCAGGUUCUUCACGCGUUUGUGGAGUUGCACGAGUUCACUGACCUCAACCUCGUCCAGGCGCUACGGCAGUUCCUGUGGAGCUUCCGCCUGCCAGGAGAGGCCCAGAAGAUUGACCGGAUGAUGGAGGCGUUUGCCCAGCGGUACUGUCAGUGCAACAACGGGGUGUUCCAGUCCACGGACACUUGUUAUGUCCUAUCCUUUGCCAUUAUCAUGUUGAACACCAGCCUGCACAACCCCAAUGUUAAAGAUAAGCCCACUGUGGAGAGGUUCAUCGCCAUGAAUCGAGGCAUCAAUGAUGGAGGAGACCUGCCCGAGGAGCUGCUCCGGAAUCUAUAUGAGAGCAUAAAAAAUGAACCCUUUAAAAUCCCGGAAGAUGAUGGGAAUGACCUCACUCACACGUUCUUCAACCCCGAUCGAGAGGGCUGGCUGUUGAAACUGGGUGGCAGGGUAAAGACCUGGAAAAGACGCUGGUUCAUUCUAACUGACAACUGCCUUUACUACUUUGAAUAUACCACGGAUAAGGAGCCCCGUGGCAUUAUUCCUUUAGAGAAUCUGAGUAUCCGAGAAGUAGAGGACUCCAAAAAACCAAACUGCUUUGAGCUGUACAUCCCCGACAACAAAGACCAAGUGAUCAAGGCCUGCAAGACUGAGGCUGACGGACGGGUGGUGGAGGGAAACCACACCGUGUACCGCAUCUCCGCCCCCACGCCUGAGGAGAAGGAGGAGUGGAUCAAGUGCAUUAAAGCUGCCAUCAGCAGGGACCCUUUCUACGAGAUGCUUGCAGCACGGAAAAAGAAGGUCUCCUCCACGAAGAGACACUGAGCCCACCGGGGCGUCGACCUGCGGGGCCUAUGGAGCUCCAGCUCUAUCUCCCGUGCCUGCGCCAUAGGCCCUCUCCGCCAGGCCCGCCCAGAAUUUCUAAAGACUAGCUUCUGCUUUUGCUAUUUUUCUUAAAUGGGAGAAGCGUGGGCAGUUAUCACCGGGGAGGAGGGGGCCUGCUGCCUGCCCAGUGGGGGCUCCAGCCUCUUGGUGGCCAGAGCUCGGGUCAGCAGAGCAGCCUCCUGCAAGUCUCCCUGAACAGCAGGCCUGACAGAGCUCAGAGCAGACUGUUUACCUCCGGUAUCCCAGGAAGAAGCCUUCACCCCAUACCAUGAAUACUUGUAUCGAUAUAUUAUCAUAUGUUAAGAAAAUGGUGGGAAGGAAGAGAAGCCACAAACUAUAAAGAUCUAUUUUUUUUUUUUUUUUAAAGACAAAAUAGCACUAUUUGGGUGCAUUCUGUCCCGUCCAAUUUGGGGAGCUUCUCCCAGGGCUGCUACUGAGGAUGUCAGUGUGGGCAGGGCAGGCUCCAAAGCUGGUGGGGGCUGUCGGGUGCCCACCUGGGCGAGAUGGGUGACAUGGGAGGCACAGAGGGCAGAGGGCACAGCAGGCUCCGCAAGGCCUCAGGACGGUGCAAGUCAGACUUGGGCCUGUGGCCGAGGGGGCAGGUCCAGUGGACACUGCUCCAUCCCCUGUGCCUGCAGGGUGCCGAGGGGGAGGCACAAGUGACUGGUCACUUGUGUUGCUUUUCUCCUUCAGAAUCCAGUUUCUUUCGGGGCUUUAAAGUGGAAAGUCAGCAUUUUCCUUGAGCUAAAUACCUAAUAACCAAAACUGUGAGGAAGGUUAUCCCGACAGAGGGUCUGGGAUGACCUAACUAUUUCAUAUUUGGUUUUUCUUCCUCUUUCCCCCAAUCUCCCUCUUCGUUCUAGAGGAAGGAGUAAGUCCUACCUGAGCCCUCAGGGCUUCAGCUUUUUCUGCCUCAAAACUGGCCCUAACUGGACUACUCUGGAUGCGUUUUGUAGUGGGUCCCCUUGAGGGGAAAACGGGUCUUUGUCUGCUCACGGGUGCAGUGGAAUGAGAGGGUGCCAAGGUUGGCCUCUUGGAUCUCUUUUCCCCUUAAGGUAUGUGAGCAGGUCAGCCCGCCCCUCCCAAUUUGCAGUGUGAAUGCAGCAUUCUCUGCUGUUCUCCUGCCAUUCUCUCAGGGACUCUCAGGGCAGCUCCUGCCAACCAGCCGAGGCCAGCAUGUUGGUCCAGGCAGAGCAGGUGGCUGGCUGGCCAUCUCCAUGUAGGCCCGAACCAGGUUGGUGCAGAGUGCUGCCACCAGGAGGUAGGUAAGGAGCCUCAGGUCUCCGCAGGGCUGUGCAGAGGCUCCUCUGAUCUCUCUAGGGUUGGUGAGCAUCUCUGGAAAUAGAUUUCACCAGAGGAGUGGUGGGAGAGGUGUGGGGGGCAUUCUGGCAUCCCCCUUCUUGUAGCUCCUGCCUGGAAUGGCUUUAGGUGCUCUUAUGCUGGAGCUUGUGAAGGUAACAAAAGAGGGUCCAGGCUGGAAAUGGAACUUCUGGGUGGGAGAAGCAGGGCAGUGUCAGCCACAGUCUAGGUGGUCCCAGGGCUGGUGCCAGAGCUGCCUGGCUGACCCGGUCCCUCGCACUGGUUCUCGUAAGUAUAUCCUGGACAGAAAGGCACCUGGAUCAGUAUUAGUCUAUUUAUCAGAGGUGUAAAUAAUCCAUGUAUAGUUUUCUCCUUUUAGAUUAUUUUGUAUUUGUUUUAAAAAGUUUUGUCAAAAUACAAAAUAAAAAGAAAUGACCAGAAGUUGUCGAGGGUUUUUAAAAAAUUAUGAUUAUUCCAAUUGUUUUUGUUUUUGCCUUGUAAACUAGCGCCAAGGAACUGCAGCAAAUAAACUCCAGAUCUGCCCAAGCCA